AUGGGGUCCGAACACUUCAGCGCGUGUGAACUUGUUGUCAAAGUUGCCAAAGAAGUCUACUCUUUGGUCAUGGAGUGCGGUAUUCGCCAGCGACAACGAUUAGCAGGCGAAGUUGGAACCAGGCUGGGACAGAUUGCUCAAGAAUCGUUUGUUACUUAUGAAGUUAAUGGAGAGGCUGAAGAAGCCGCCGCAAGGCUAUUGCAUAAUUUGCUCGAAAUUUGUAUAUUUCCGACUACCGUAUCCGAUCAAGUCAUUCCUGAGCAGGACUAUGAACGUCUCGUGCAGCUGGUCAGGCCAGAUAAUAGAUCUCGGUUAUCUAAGGCUAUUGCGUUAUUCUUCAUCACUGACAAGGCAUUGCCAUACAAAACCAAGGAGCAUUGCGACGCGUUUUUAGCGAAACUUAGCCAGGAUGAGCCACGGCAAAAGACGGGCCUUUAUCAACUUACGAGAGGAUCAACAUUAACAGAGCCAGAUGACUAUCCUGAACAUGUCAGCAAAAGUCUCUUUGAGGCUCUCCACAAACAAGCCUUCUGCCACCAUGUAGAGAAACCGACGCAAAAGUCUUGGCUAAGCAAGUCUAAAAAAGGAAUCUCCCAUCAUCACCAUGAAAUGCCUCAUCCUAUAAGACUUCAUCUGGAUGCAGUAUCUCAAAUACAAGGGAAACAUGCCCAAUUCGAAAUUAUCAUGUCGUAUGAGAAUAUGAGUUAUUGGCAGCAUCUCUUGCUAGGCAUUCCCAUGCAAACAAAAGGCCGACGAGGAGCUGUUAAAUUCGCAGAUAAUUGCAUACAAGAAGAGGAAACUGGUAAGACGGGUUUGGGCCAGGAAUGCAUUAACCCAGACUAUUUCUGCAAAGUUCUCAAACAACAGUUGUUCGCUAAAGUCAAUCUCAACUUCGUCAACGGUAUUGGUCUUGUAUCAAUACCACCACCAGCUCCUCUCGAAAGGUUCCUAUGUCCAGGCCAAGGGCUCCCGCUAUCUCUUGUCAUUCAAAACUACAAGCUCACGGACAAAGACAAGAUUCUUCUCGCACAUGCCAUUGCUCAUUCUUUCUGGCAGUUCUUUGGAUCUGAGAUGAUGAGAUAUCGGUGGACUAGUGACGAUAUUUGGUUCAUGCAUGAGAUGAAUGAUCAGGAGAUAACAAAGGAUCAGCUCGAACUGCGAGUCUACAUGUCGCUUGAAUUUGACGACCAGCAGAGUAUCUUUGAGGAUGAAGACAGAUCAAUGCUGACACACCCUUUUCCCCAUAUCCUAGGGUUGGGACUUUUACUACUUCAGAUCGGUCUCACGAGGCCUUAUAAAUCCCUAGCUCACCUACCAUCUACAUCUCGCUUGAAUCGAGACCAUGGUGCUGCUAGACAGUUACUGGGUGAGCUAGAAAAAGCGCAGUGGGCCAGAACAACACACCGUGACAUUUUUGCAAGAGCCGUGGCGAACUGCUUGGAUCCAAGUACCUUCAUGGCCUCCAACACGAAGUCAAAGUCAAUACAAAUCUCGUCGAUCACCAAUACCGACAUAGGUGAUGACGGAAGGAGGCGAAAGGUGUAUACUGAGAUCGUUGAGCCACUAGCCAAACUCGUCAAGAUUGCCUUCAAAACUGAUUCGAAUUAUGUUUCAUAUUUGGCAAGAUGCAAAAAGGCUGAGGAAUCUCAAAGCAACCUUCGCUCACAAAUUGCUUCGUUUCAUACAGGCAAGACGGUGGUUCCUCAAGAGUGGCUUGAUAAUUUGAAACAUAUUAGCAUGCACGUUGUGAACCUGCGGGAGCAGAAGCCAGAUCACGAGUUCAAGCCUGUCAAGAUAGCAGUUCUAGACACAGGGUUCAAUGCAGACUUACCAUUCUAUAAGAUACCGAGGAGGGGGAAGUCUAUAAAAGGAUGGAAGGACUUUACAGGACAGGAGAGCAACGCGACCGCUGAAGAAGGCUUGAUGACUGAUGAGUAUGGUCAUGGCAGUCUGAUGACUCGAUUAGUCAUGGAAUCUGCUCCUCUGGCUCAUAUUUACGUGGCUCGAGUUGCAAAGCACACGGAUGAACUCGAGUCCAGCAGUGAUCGAAUAGCACAGGCAAUUCGAUGGGCUGCACUAGAAGCAGAAGUGGACAUCAUCUCUAUGUCCUUCGGUUUUCCUCACGAUGACGAUGCUAUCUCGAAAGCUAUUGAAGACGCGGAGCGAAGUCGCGAUAUAAUCUUUCUAGCCAGUGCUGGUAACAAUGCAGCUUACCAGAGAGAAGCCUUUCCAGCAAGACAUCGGUCAGUUAUUUCAGUAAGGGCAACAGAUUGCCAAGGAAUAUUUAGUGCCAGCAACCCUCCAAUAACCGACCGUAACGAUGUUGUUCUUGGCACAUUUGGCGAUAAUCUACCAGCUCGUCUCAAUAAUGAGAUCACUCAGCGAUUUGGUUCUCAUAUCUGUAAUCCUGGUUCAUCGAUAGCAACAGCAGUAGCAGCUGGUAUAGCUGCAUCGACAAUCGCAUACGCAGAUGUCCUCUCUACCGUUUUGGGGAUGCAGACAGAGAAAGAUUUAGUGAAGUGCUUAAAGAGGACUGAGGGGAUGAGAAGAUUGUUGGAAAGAAUGGCACCAGAUCAAACAGGUCAUUGUAGAUUUAUAAAUCCGAUAUGGUUCUGGAGUGAGAAGGCUGACGCAUGGAGGGCAUGGGCUGCUAUGUAUGACGCGGUUCCAACAUUUUUACAUAGAUAG